UUUAGCAAAAUUCUCGCCAGGAAAUGUCACCGGUAUCAUUUAAUGUGAAUCCUGAAUAUGCGCAAAUUACGGAACUUGUCCAUGGCCUGUUCAUCUGUGGCGUGAGCUCGUUAACGGCUGAGAACAUGGAAAAAUAUGAUAUUUCAUUCAUUGUUAAUGCUACUAACGAGGUACCAAAUGUGCAAUCACUGGGCAAUAUUCCACGAGUGAAACUGUGGCUUGAAGACUCUCCGCGAGCAUCUAUUUACCCCUUGCUAGAUCAACAGACUGAUCAAAUUGAAGCGGUGAUAGCAACUGGUGGUAAUGUAUUGGUGCACUGUGUAGCUGGGAUAUCACGAUCAGCUACUAUUUGCCUUGCAUUUCUCACUAAAUUCCGCUGCAGAUCACUCAGGCAGGCUUAUCACCUGAUGGCUCGAAAACGGUCACUUGUCAGGCCUAAUAUCGGAUUUUGGCGACAACUUAUUGUAUAUGAACAGGAUGUUAAGAAGAGUAUAGGAACAAUUCAGUUAGUCAGUGAUAAAACACAUCCUGGUCAAGUUAUUCCCGAUGUUUAUUUGGAUGAAGACAUUGGAGUUCGAAAGCCAUCAUUUGCACAAGACGCUAUUGAAGACGAAGGGUGUAAUUAUGAGAGGCGAAGUCGUCGUAAUUCAGGUGGAAGAUUGAAAUUUCGACCAGUGUUAGAGCCCGUGCUCGAAUAUGUCGAAGCUACUGCAUAAUUAUAGUACCAUUGAUUCUGCUGCCAGAAAAUCAAGCUUACUAUAAAUUUGUUACCUGCUAUAUAUCUAAGCUUAUUAUUCAAUAUUGUACAGUUGUUUUUUAUUCAAUUAUCUAAUUUUACUAUCCAACG